AUGUUCACAGUUGUAUUACUUCGCGCAGUAGUGGUCGUGGACUUCUUCGUUAAUGAAGAGGUUUUUUUCCACACCUUGGACGGCAAAUACGAAUCGUUCGGCUUCUACAAUAUCUACGGAUUCUCUGCAAUGAUGCCGGUUUUCUGGACCUUGCAAACCCAGUAUCUUGCCAAACACCCAACAGAGAUCUCCCUCCCUGCUUUGAUCGCCAGCAUAGUGAUCUUUGUAGCGGGCUGGUCUUUGCGCUUCUAUGCCGACCGUCAGAAGAUGCGUUUCAAUAGAACGCAGGGAAAGUGCUUGUUCUGGGGUCGCCAGGCACAAGGAAUACCCGUAUCUUAUCAGACAAGGGAUGGGAAAACCCAUCGUUCUCACCUUCUCUGCUCUGGGAUGAUCGUCCAUCGGUGUUUCCGAGAUGAGGAAAAAUGUGCGGAUAAGUAUGGGUCUGGCUGGGAUGAGUAUUGUCGCCGCGUUCCCUGGAGAAUCGUUCCUGGCGUAUUCUGA